UGUUCACUGUUGCAACGUCGACAUUUCCGGUCCACAUGUAAACGCGUUGUUUUCAGUUUGCACGGUAGAGAAUCAUAGUUAUUGUAGCUAUAUACAGUAUAUAUUGACAAAGUUACUGGCUCUCUCACUUUCUUUGAUUAAGCGAUAAGCGACAUUCAUAGACUGUAAAGAUGAAACUACUGACGCACAACAUGUUGACAUCUCACGUGAAAGGGGUAACCAAAGGAUACCCUCUCCUCAUCAAGGCUACGGAGGUGAGAGUGAGUGAGGUGGAGUUUAAUCCCAAUUUCGUGAGUCGAAUGAUCCCCAAAUUGGAGUGGAGCGCACUGGUUCAGGCGGCUGAUGGGCUGGGUCAUCUCCAGGACUUACCUGCAGAACUGGUCACGGACUAUGAGAAGAAUGAAGACUUCCUGCGUAAAGUACACAGGGUUCUGCUGGAGGUGGAGGUGCUGGAGGGGUGUCUGCAGUGCCCCGAGUCUGGCCGUGAGUUCCCCAUCUCCCGGGGGGUCCCCAACAUGCUGCUGAACGAGGACGAGGCAUAGAGGAGGGGGGUUGGUUACCCCUGACAUCCAUGGGCUCAUAGAUAUGAAUCAUACCCCACCUGGUUAUACGCUAAACCCCCCCAUCCAACACCCUCCACCCUCUCACCCCAACCGUUCAUUGUAUGGGACUGCUGCCAUUAGAAGUGAGGGAAAACUGGACUGUUGUUUGAGACUGUAUAGGAAGAAAUACCACACUGUUGAAUUGGUUAUAUAGUACAGUACCUGGGGCAAUGAAAUGUGAACGCACUGCUGCCCCAAGAAAACCACAGAACGGAUCUGAAUGCUUCUACAUUGUCCAAUAUCUGUGAGCUGAUUUUGUUUUAUUUAUUUUUGUAAAAAUGUUUGGGUGCAUUUUUUGCAAUAAAAUUCCUUGUUUUCCUUGGUA